CAAGGAAGUAAGAGUGCUGCGAUACAAAGUCUGAUUGACACUGCAAACACGGACUCUUCUCUGUAGGGACACUUUUUUCAGCUUUGGACAACAAUGAAGAACAAGGUGCUUUUUGCUCUGAUGGUGAUUAUAUCAUCAUUGGUCGCGACCACACAAACUACUACAACUACUCGACCAAAAACUACUACUACACCACCAAGAACUACUACAAGUCUUCCAAGAGCAAAUUUAAAUGGGAAGAUGUUCACAUUAUCUGUAAAUGUGGGAGGAAUAACCUUAUAUUCACCAUAUUCUACCACUACCCACUCACCACGACCAGCCACCACCAGCUCCCCUUAUCAUCAGACAACACAGCCUUCGGUUACAGGUUGGUCUGUGUGUCUGCGUUACCUCAGUGACACACAGUCCCACAAUAUCUUCACCAUCUGUCCAUCCUGCUCCAACGCUGUAAUUCUGAGCGCUGCUUCUAAAACUUUAUUUCGUCUGUCCAACCGUUAUGGAUAUGGUUACGGUAGUAGUUACAGUAGUGGUUACGGUAGUGGUUACGGUAGUGGUUCCAGUUUCGAGCCCAACAUUAAUUUUAUGUCAGUAAGUGAAUUGGACAUAUGGACUAAAGUCUGUGUCACUGUGGACAACGUGAAGAGUGUGGCCCAGCUGUUCAGCGGCUCAAACAUGAGCAUCAGGAAGAUGCUGCGUUUGCAGUCUUCAUGGACAGGUGCGCCAACGAUUAGAAUUUCAGGUUUUGAUGGUCAGGUGACAGACGUUCAGAUGUGGGAUUAUCCUCUACUUUACGAAGACGUCAGCAACUACAUGAACUACAGAGAUUACGCCGGCUCCAUUCUCACCUGGUCUGACAUCAGCUACUCUGUUGGGAAUUUGCUGCUGGAGGACGUCUACGAAUUUCAGGCGAGAGAGCCAAUCAGCAGGAGGAGGAAGGGCUGUCGUCGUAAGGGAGGGAAGAAGACAAGGAAGGGUUUCACUUUGGGUGAAAGUGAGCAGUAAGGCUUUGAGGAAACAUACAAACGCACAUAUAAACUGCAUCCUCUGUUCUUAAAUCAGUAUUUCAUCAACAAUCAGUAAUUCAUCUCUACUGUCAAAGAAACGGUCCUGUCUAUAACAAACUGUGCUGUCGACGAUCAUCUUACAGGCCAUGGCCUAAUCUCCUCUUUGUACCGGUUUAAUGAGUAUUAAAGGAAACCUUAGGGUACCUUGGGUUUUGCUUUCGACUGCUAUCCAUCGCAUCCUUUUUCUCGGUUUGAGGUUUGAGCAACGAAACUACGACACAUCUUACACUUGUACACGGCAAAAUCCACAAAACCAUAUUUAAAUGAAUGUAUUUCCACCUGCUUUUAUGUCACAACUGAAGGAAAUGAAUAUUUUUUUGUCUUUAAUAAUGAGUCGUACAUAAAAUGUUCCAAUAUCCAACACAAGGUGAGCACAGGGAAAUACAGACAUUCAGCCUAUAUUAGUCAUUUGUUUUGUAUUUUUUAUGUCCAGGUUCAGACUUUAGAGUCACUCUCACUGUGAUCACAACUUCAUUUACAAUGAAGUUUACAUGUUUACAUUUACAUGUUUUUCUUGUUCUGUUCAAGUGUGUAUUCACAGAUCACAUGCAAAUAUUUAACCCUCACUAAUCUUCAUAUGAAAAACAUUAAUGUACUAAAAUGAAUGAAAGCACUCUGGUUACGGUCAGCUGUUACUAAGCAAAUCAGAGCAGUAACUCACCGGAACCUAAUUACUGUGUGUGAAAAAGCCUUUUAGAUCAUAUUGGCACAGUAGUAGUAUUUAGAAUUUGGUCAGAAACUGUACCUACAUUUUAUUUCAACAUAAAAGAGACCACUGUAUUGGCAACAAGAUCAAACAGACAAGGCCAAAAUAUUCAAAUAUGAUCUUAGAUAUUCCACGUUUUUCUUGUAUCUGCUUGUAAAAAAACACUUAAACAGGGAUGAAAUGAAAAUGUUGAUUUAAUUUGAUGCAAGGCUGCCAUGACUUCAAUAUAAUACUGUAUCAUAAAUGAAAAGCCGUGUCAAGAGUAAGUAGAUUCAAACAAAGUUAAUAACUGUAGAACAUCUAUACACAUAAAACUAAAAUCAACCCCAUCACUUUCCUACUUAAAUGUAGUCCAACUGGUCAUAUAGUGCUUUAGUAUAGUGGUUGUGGCUUUAAACAAAAAAGAAUGUGUAGCUGUGCAAUAUUGUAAGCUUGUAUUAAUCUAGGUUUACCUUGUCAUUUGGAAGAUUUUAAUUUUCUCCCACUUCAUAUGAUGAUGGAUCAAAGAUUACGGCACUUAAAACACCAGGGUCAGUGCAAUUUUAACAAUAUUAAAUAUGCCCUAAUAUUUGAAUUUGAAGCCGUUUUCAGGUAAUUAUCUAAUCACAAUUAAACCUCAGAUUUUAACUUAUAACUAAUCUGGAGUUUGAUUAAAUGUCUAUGAAAUGUUCCUCUUUUUUUUUAGUAUUCAAACAUUGGCAGAGACAUCAAUAAAUAGGUGGACCUUAGCAAAACAGUUAUUAUUCAUUAACACGUCAUAAAAUCUGACAUUCUCAGUGUUGGUUAGCAGAUGAGCAACAAACAACAACACUAAUGCUAAGAAAGGUAAAUAAACAUUGUAUAAAGACAUUCUUUUUUUUUAUGAGACAUCUAAAGUUAUAUCAAAAUAAUUAUUGUACAACCGCAUAGUUGGGAGACCAUUGUUUACAAAAGUCUUAAUUCUCAGCCGCUACAGAGUGGUACAUGAGAACGAAUGGCCAACAAUUAAACAAAAUAGUAAUCAUUUGUUAAAAUGUUUUCUUUAACAAAUAUAAAACGUACAUGGUUGCCCAACAACCAGAUGCCACAGGGUUUGUUUUUUCCAGCCAGCACUUUCUUUUUUUACUUUACAAUCAUCUUAUUUUUAACCAAGUGAUAUUUUUAAAUGUAUACAAAUAACGAGCAGGUAAACACAAAGAUUAUCUGCCAGUAAGUCAGUGUAACAUACAGUGUUUAUGAUAAAUACAUGACCUGUAAAAAUGUUAUUGCUGUCAUUUUAUUGUAUAUGGCUUUGCUAUUAUUAUAGUAUAUGUUAUGGUUCCAGGACUGUUUGAAAGAAUCACAGGGGUAAAUCAAUUACUUUUCAAAAAUUCU